AUGGCGCCAUCCCCCUCCCCGGUCAUGCCGCCCGCCGGGCCUUGCUCCCCUGCCCCCAGGCCAACGCCCGCGCGGCCAGACGCCCAGAAGGGCCCAUACGGCCCCCCCUCAGAUCUCGCGGCCGCGCGGCUCAGCCGGCGAUCCGCACUCGCGGGCGGCCUGUCGCUGGCCGCGCUCGGCGCCCUGCAGGCAUGCGCCCCCCCCCUGGCACGGGCGUCCCUGGUGCAGUUCCCGACGCCCAGGCUGGCCAACGACUACUACCUGGUGCGUGCGGGGGAGACGGAGGCGGAGGCGCUGGGGUACGUGGACACCAACCCCGUCAACAAGACGUCUAUGAUCAACUCGCUUAGCGCUGAGGGCAAGCGCCAGGUAGUGGGCCGCGCCCUGAAGUCCAUGAGGGAGCUGGGCGUGUGUACGGCCUCCUCCUGUUGGUUCUGGCCGUCUAUCGCCAUGAACGCGUACCAGACGGCCGAGAUCCUGGCCGCUGUGCUCGGCGUGUCCAGAGACAGGAUCGUGCCCGAAUACAGCUUCCUGGACGCCCGCGGCCUGGGCGACUUCGACCAGCUGCCGCCGCGCGAGGCCUUCACCCUGGCGCACGCCAACGACGCCGCCUCCAGCCGGCAGCGCCCGCCGCCCACCACCACCGGGACGCCCAACGAGAGCGCCGAGGACGUCAUGGUGCGCGUGCGCCAGAUGCUGUCCGUAACGGAGACGCAGUACAGCGGGGAGACGGUGGUCUUCGUGGCCCCGGACUCGGACACGCUGUCGGUGCUGCAGGCAGCGAUGCUUGGAAUGAACCUUGAGGCCCACCCAACGCUUGCCUUCGAGCCAGGGGAAGUGCGGCAGGCAGUGCUCAGCACCGAGGGGCCCAGCAUGGAGCCUGUCAGGUUUGAAUGCAAGAGGCCACCCAAUUGCCUCUGA